UCAUUGGUCCGAAAUCUAUCCAACACAAUUACUUUAGAUUUUCAUUAUCCUACAUGGCUACUCACAAACCAUCUCUUUAGAUACUCACUCUCCCUUCAAAACCCACCAAACUGUUCUUAUUUUCAAGCCCAAUUUAAUUUAACCACUAAAAUAUAGUAAUAUAAUCGCUUGAAUUCUGCAGACAUGGCCGCUACUUCUGGUGCUCUGCUUAAUGGGUUGGGAUCUUCCUUCUUGUGUGGAGGGAAGAGAACUCAAGCCUUGCUGGGUUUUGGAGGAAAUAAAACGGGAAGUGGUUCAAGGAAGUUUGUGGUUGUGGCUGCUGCUAAACCAAAGAAAUCUUGGAUCCCUGGUGUUAAAGCUGGUGGCAACUUCAUUGACCCUGAGUGGCUCGAUGGCUCGCUUCCAGGUGACUAUGGAUUCGACCCACUAGGCUUAGGCAAGGAUCCAGCAUUCCUCAAAUGGUACAGAGAAGCAGAGCUUAUCCAUGGGCGGUGGGCUAUGACUGCCGUGGUGGGAAUCUUUGCAGGACAAGCCUGGAGUGGCAUCCCCUGGUUUGAGGCUGGUGCUGAUCCUGGUGCCAUUGCACCCUUCUCGUUUGGCUCUCUCCUAGGAACUCAGCUUCUGCUCAUGGGAUGGGUGGAGAGCAAGAGAUGGGUGGAUUUCUUCAACCCCGAUUCACAGUCGGUGGAAUGGGCAACUCCAUGGUCAAGGACUGCAGAGAACUUUGCUAAUGCCACUGGAGAACAGGGAUACCCGGGAGGGAAAUUCUUUGAUCCAUUAGGGCUUGCAGGGACAAUAAAGAAUGGAGUUUACAUUCCUGAUGUGGAAAAGCUUGAUAGACUCAAAGUUGCAGAGAUUAAGCAUGCUAGGCUUGCCAUGGUUGCCAUGUUAAUUUUCUACUUUGAGGCUGGUCAGGGAAAGACCCCUCUUGGAGCUCUUGGGUUGUAAAAUUUAUGAAAGAAAUUUAUAUUAAAUGUGAAUGUAGAUACAGUGUUUCAUUUAGAGGACAAUGAGGAAGGAAAUGUCAUCUGAUAGCCAUGAGUAAUGAGUUCCCUCAAGUAUAAUUCAAAAUUCUUUUGGCUUUGGCUUGCA